AUGACAUCGUCAUCGUCCUGUCCCCCCCGUCUGUCAUCGUGCUCGUACUCGUACUCGUACUCGUCCUUGCUGAGAUUUAAAGUGGAAUGUCUAGAGUCGAAACUUGAAGGCUUCCAAAAGUCAGAGUUCCGCCUUCUGGGUCCUGAAGAAACUUCAUCCAACUUGAGAUUUCACUCGAGGGGCAACUCGACUGAGAACUGCAGACUUCAGCUCGAGAUCAUUGAGGCAGCAGCAGCUUCCCGUGAAUUCCUGAUAAUUCCCGAUCACCAACUCCGCCAGGGUAUCUGUCAUCCAUUAUACAGCGCAUAA